AUGAGUGAAGAAAAACCUGCCAAACCGGCAGAAGCUUCCGCAGAUAGCGAACCCAAGCAACUUUCAAACAAGGAGUUGAAAGAGUUGAAAAAGAAGGAGAAAGCAGCCAAAAGAGCGGCUCAAAAAGAAGCAGCAGGUAUUAGUCCCGAACAGCAGCAGCAAAUUGCCCAGCAGAAGAUUGAAAAGAAGAAACUGCUGGCCACCAACACCAACUUGAAAAAACAGUUGAGUCAGGCGGUUGUCAAGGACGAUUCCAAGAAGAUUCCGGCCCUUUUCAGUCAUUUGGAAACCAGAGAGCAAAGAUACGCCUCGUCACCUACGGUUUCCCAUAUUGUGCACCCUGCCAUUCUUACGUUGAGCUUGCAUUUUAGCAACCACAAGAUUGUGGGGUCAACAGCCCGUUUGCGGGAGAUGUUGAACGUUUUCAAGGUUGUUAUUGGCGAUUACCAGACACCCGAGAACACCACGUUAACGCGACACUUGACGGGCCAUUUGUCCCAUCAAAUCGAGUACUUGAAGAGCUCUAGGCCGUUGUCAACAUCCAUGGGUAACGCAAUCCGAUGGUUGAAGCAGGAGAUCUCGCACAUCUCCAUCGAUACUCCAGAACAAGAAGCCAAAGACAUUUUGUGUUCCAAUAUCACCGAGUUUAUCCGGGAGAAAAUCGAUUUGUCCGACCAACUUAUAAUAGAGAGCGCUUCGCAGCACAUCAGUAACGGAUGCACGGUGUUGACGUUUGGCCACUCGGAGGUUUUGUUGAAGCUUUUCCAACAUUGCGUUUUAAAGCAGGAUAAAACGUUCAACCUUGUGAUUGUGGACUCGCGUCCUCUUUUUGAAGGUAAAAAGUUGUUGAAGAGCUUGGUAGACACGCCUGUGGGUGAUGCCAAUCCCUCGGACAGUGACUUGGAGGUUUCACUGAUCAGAAAACAAGCUCCAAGUGUGCCUAUCACUAAGAACAAGCUCAAAGUCAACUAUGUAUUGAUCAACCUGUUGUCAUCCACAAUCCUCGAAGACGUGGAUAUUGCAUUCUUGGGCGCUCAUGCCAUGCUCUCCAACGGCCACUUGUACUCGCGAGUGGGUACUGCCAUGAUUGCCAUGAUGUGUCAUAGACGAAACAUUCCCGUGUUGACAUGUUGCGAGUCCAUCAAGUUUUCUGACCGUGUGCAGUUGGAUUCGGUGACCACAAACGAGUUAGCGGACCCAGAAGAUUUGGUGGCAUACUCCGAGGGUAAAACCGUGCGUGUCAAACGGUCGUUGGCACUUGAUGAGUUUAUCAAACUGAAGGAGGAUGAGAAGAAACAGGCUACGCCACGUAAAGCACAGGGGAAUGAGAAGGAUAAGAAGGAGCUGAGUGAGGCUGUGGAUCCUUUAAAAGAUUGGAGAAGAAUUCCUUCGCUCAAUAUCUUGAACAUCAUGUAUGACUUAACUCCACCUUCUUUCAUCAACAAGGUGGUUACUGAGUUGGGGUCGUUGCCACCAUCUUCUGUUCCUGUGAUUUUGAGAGAGUACAAGAGCACAUAA